AACUCAAAACCCAUGGACUCAUUCCCUCUCACAACUCCACUACACGCAGACCACCAUGAGCGACCGCGACAGGGCUCGCGAUCGCGACCGAGAACGCGAACGCGACCGCGACCGCGACCGAGACAGAGACAGAGAGAGGCGGAGAGACAAGGAGGACCGCGACCGUGACCGUGACCGCGACCGCGACCGCGACAGAGACCGAGACAGAGACCGAGUUAGCCGCAGCAAGAGGUCCCGUACACCGGACCGCACGCGACCCUCGCGCAACACGCGGUCCCACACUCGUUCCCCUGACCGAAAGCGCCGCCGUCAGCGCAGCGAGUCCACCGACGAGAGGGACCGUCAAAAGGCCGCCGUAUCGGAAUUCGUCGACGGAAUCGCAAAAGAACACCAAAAGCUCAAGGACAAAGACAAAGACAACGGCAACGGCAAGAAAGACGAAGAUCAGGUUAUGGCGGAAGGUAUGGACGAAGACGAGAUUGAGAUGAUGAAGAAAUUAGGGAUUCCGGUAGGCUUCGACUCCACGAAGGGAAAGCCUGUCCCCGGAGCUGACGUCAGCGGCGUUAGAGCCGUAACGAAGCGAAUGCCAAGGCAGUAUAUGAACCGCCGCGGUGGCUUCAAUCGACCCUUGCCUGCCGAACGCAACCGCUGAUUUCGAUUCCAGAUUAGAUGGGUGUAGUCUUCUUCCGGCAAGACUUGAUCAGAUGCAGACUUGGAUGCUUGAAACCCUUUAGUAGGAUGAAAAUGAAUGAGGCCAUGUAAGACUUUCUUUAUUGUAUUGAGCAUCUGAUGACUGCUAUCUUGAGACUCAGAUUUUUUUAUUAGUGUAUUGUAUCUGAUUUUUCUAGAUAUUGUUAUUAGUUUUCAAAUUUCGGGAUUUAUAUUUAGUAUCUGGUAUUACUUGUAUGGUCCCUCUGAGAUGUGAUGUGUUGUAUGCAAGUAGAUGAUUCAAGCAUCUAAUAAUUUGUAUGCUUCAAUUCUUUCGACUCCAUUGCCACUUCUCAUAGCUUGUGAGAGUACAUUGUACAUUGUUUGAA